AUGACUUUGCUGGUUCUUGCUGCCGCCGGGCUUUUGGCUUUCCUGCUCGCUUGGGCAGUAGGCGCUCGAAAACACCAAAAACUGCCGCCUGGCUGCAAGCCUAUUCCGGGGCCGCCUGGCUUACCUCUCGUGGGAAAUCUACACCAGAUCCCAGGGGACUACCCUUGGCGGAAAUUCAAGGAAUGGUCGGACAUCUAUGGGCCAAUCAUGCAGGUGAAGUUAGGCAGGGAAACCCUGAUUGUGCUGUCGAACAACGAGACGGCCAAGGAACUCCUGGAACGACGGGGUCAGAAUUAUUCUUCACGCCCGCAGACCUACAUGGCUUGCGAGGUUCUGUCGGGCAAUCUUCGGCCCCUACUGAUGCCUUACGGAGACCGAUGGAGGAGGGUUCGGAAAUUCAUCCACCAAAUGACAAUGCCUGCCAAGGCGUUGAGCUAUCAACCGCGUCAAGACCGUGAAUCGCGUAAACUGUUGUAUGACCUGCUGCGAGAGCCUCGAGACUUUGCGCGUCAUUAUUAUCGCUACGCAAGCGGGUUUGUUAUGGGUCUCACAUACGACAUGCAGGUCGUGACAGGCAAGGAAGAAUAUAUCAAGAACAUUGUUCACGUCAACGACACCCUUGAACAUACUGCAAAGCCUGGCGCAUAUCUUGUGGAUUCUCUGGCUAUAUUGAAAUUCUUACCGUCAUUUAUGGCGCCAUUUAAGCGCCUGGGAAAGGCUGCCCACAAGUUCGAGUAUGAGCUUUUCACCAAGCUCUUGCAAGACGUCGAGAAGAAGCUGAGCGGCGGCUCAGUGAUCGGUGACUGCUUCGCGAAAGAGUUUCUCAACAAAGGAGAGAAAAAUGACCUGACUAACGAUGAAGGUGCAUAUGCCUGCGGAACGAUGUUUGAAGCCGGCAGCGGCACAACUUCCGGCGCUCUGGAAAUCCUCACAAUGGCCCUGCUCCUAUUCCCCGAGGUUCGGGCUGAGGCACAGAAGGAGUUGGACGCUGUUUGUGGAAACCGUCUGCCACGGUUUGACGACGAACGGAAUCUUCCGUACAUCAAGGCAGUGACGAAAGAAGCCCUCAGAUGGCGUCCAAUCGUAACCCAAGGCAUAUCGCACAUGUCUGUAAACGCUGACCGGUAUAACGACUACUUUAUCCCGGCUAACACCGCCAUACUUGGAAACCAUUGGGCAAUUCACAUGGAUCCUGAAAUGUAUCCAGAGCCGGACAGAUUCAACCCCAGACGCUUCCUUGAUCCGUCAUUCCCAACUGCCCAAUCAACAAAUCGAGUGGAGUACGGCUCAAGCCGUGGACAUUGGGCUUUUGGCUUUGGGCGUCGAGCUUGUCCAGGUCAGCAUAUAGGUGAAUUCAGCCUAUUUAUCCUAACAGCUCGAUUGCUGUGGGCGUUUGAUUUCAAGAAAUACGUGGCCGCGGACGGACAUGUACAGGAGCCUGAUCCUUUAGCAUUUACCACUGGUUUCAAUUCCAAACCAAAGGCCUUCCUGGCUACGAUCACGCCGAGAAGCGAAGCUCACGCCGAAGCAGUCAGGGGGGCGUACUUCAGCCAGUGGGGAAGUUCAGACAGCUGCCGGUGA